AUGGCUGAGCGGAGCAGGGGAGUCGCCGGCUUCAGGCUCCGGGCGUGCUUGCUGCUGGUGCUGUGGCCGCAGCGGGCGGCGGGCACGCCGUGCCGGCUGGGCGAGCUGAGGGCCGUCGGCAGGGACGAAGAGAAAUGCUGCCCCAAGUGCAGCGCAGGCACAGGAAACCACAGCCCGUGCCCAGACAUCCAGGACCACGACUGCAAGUGCAGCCGGGGGUACAGCUGUGGGGACAGGGACUGCCUCUACUGCCGGGAGCUGCCUGAGUGUGCAGAGGGAGAGGAGCUGCUCAGGCUUGGCACUGUGGACUUCACAUUCAGAUGCAAACCAUGUGAGAGAGGAACCUACUCCAGCGUCAGGAACGAUUGGUGCCGGAACUGGACUGACUGUGAGAGCUCUGGGUUCCUAACAAUCAAGCAAGGCAACAGGACACACAAUGCAGUCUGUGGUCUGCCUCCUCCUGAGCAAGCUCCUGGGAGAAGUCCCUCUCUCUACACCACCAUCCUGGCAGUCCUCACGGCUGUGGCUCUCUUUGUUCUCAUCCUGCUGACCUUCCUCCUGCAUUUCUGCAUCUGGUCACUGAACAAAGAGAAGUACUCCACAGCUGAGAGUCUGGAACAGAGCUUCCCAAGGCAUCUGCUGCCUCCACUGCCAUCACACUACAGAGAAGAAACUUCCAGCUGCCAGUUUCCAGAGGAAGAACAUGGAGACAAAACAGCAGAAGAAAAGCUUUGCCCUUUCCACCUCCCCUGAAUCCACAGCCCUGGCACUCUCCUGGUGAUGGGGCUGGGGCCUGGGCUCAGCUUUCCAAGCAAGAAGAAGGGAGGAGCUGGGCAUGUGAAGCAUCCUUAGCUACAUGGCAAUAAGGAAUGGGCUUGGGAGGAGCUUUGCUUUGCUUCUUUUCAUCAGACCCUAGCAUUUAGAAGUAGGCAACCUGCUAAGCCAGGCUGGCAUUGGG